AUGGCGGCAGUAAAUAAAACGAUUAGCAAGGAUCAAGAAGAAGAAAUGAGCUCGGCAUUGAUUGCUCAGUUAUUGGCAGAAGAUAAUAUGUCUCAUGGAAAUGGAAAUUAUUAUGCUGAAUACAGUAACGACGCUAGAGGAUAUGAUCCUUAUCACGCUCAACAAGACAUAGAUGAUAGCUACGAAGAGAACUCGGAAGACGAUUUUGAUCCAAAAAAGAAGAAGUAUAUUAGCAAAAAAGAUGUCGCAAAGAGAGGACGCAAGAGAAAGGCAACUGUGGCAACAACACCUGCUCCUAAGCUUCCAAAGGAAGUCAAGACCAAACCAACCGGAGCACCUUCACCUGAACCUAGCACUGACAACUGGGGUAAGCUUCAACGACACGUCGCCACAAGAGAUUCCAAUUCAAUCCGAAGUCAUGCCCAGAAACAUUUUAUUAAGAUGUUUAGAGAUCAGGUUCCUUUACCCGAUAAAAUAAGAGAAUCCGGUGAAGGUUAUACUUUAUCUGGAAAGCCCUUGGAUCCCAAUUCUGCCGCUGCAAAACCUUAUAUGCGUAACUUAGAGACACCUACAAAUGUACAAGAGACAUACAUGGAUGUUGAUACGAAGGCUGUUGAGCGUCAGGCAAAGGAACUCGUGAUUGGGGACGAUCGUAAAAAGACGCUGAUUACAGAAUCCAGCAGCGCCAAAUCUGCUACACCAUCACCUAGCAACUCAUCCUCUACGAGCGAUUCUUAUGAUAGUAGAGGAAGAACAAAUUAUUCCACAUCUCGUUUAAGAAAACAACGCGACCCAAGCUCUGUCAACUAUGGUCAGAUCAGCAACAAUGAUGACCCGUUGACGAUGAUUAAAUGUGAGCCUUUCAUGGGCAAACCUGGAUCCAACGUAAACGGAUGUCAACCAUUUGAAAUUAGUGUAGAUUCCAACGUUUUAUUAGCCAUGGAUUUUCACGCGCAUUUGAUGACAACCGAGGUUAUCGGAUUUUUAGCUGGUAAAUGGGAUAAAGAAACCAUGCGUAUGAGUAUACGUGAAGCGUUCCCUUGUCGAUCCAUCGAGACCGGACAGAACGAUGUCAAUGUAGAGAUGGAUCCUACCAGUGCUAUCGAAACAAGAGGGUUAAUUGAAGAGCGUCAUUUGCAAGUGGUGGGUUGGUACCAUUCACAUCCUACCUUUAUACCCGAUCCUAGUUUAGUGGAUAUUGAGAAUCAACGGAAUUAUCAGUUACUCUGUCGUGAAGAUCAUCAUGAAAGUAUGCCACAUCUCCCUUCAUCUGAACCCUUUGUCGGUGCUAUUGUUGGCCCGUAUGAUCCGGCUUUGCCUGGUUCUGCCAGUGUCAUCAAUUGGUUUCAUGUGUCAAAUACAAAUACAGAUCGUCCGGUGCCUAAAAAACUAAUUUAUGAAUUGAAGGAAAAUGAUGCGUUGGAUCCAGUCGAGAUAGAAAGAUUGUUUGAUUUAUUAUCGACGUACAAGGAUUCAAGGGAAAAGGUUGUUUUUGGCGAGCAUUGGCGUCAAGAUGCAUCCGAAACGAAAUUACAGAAAAUGAUUAAAAGUUUAGCAUCGCGUAUGCCAUGGAUACAAAGGCAACUCAAGUCAGAAAAUAAUUUAGACUUGGAUGAUAUGUUUUUAAACAAGGUUCAGUCUUCUUUAAAGGACUGGUAA